CAAUUGCUGAGGGUUCAACAGUCGUGAAAAUGGAAACCACCGACGCUGCAUGACGUAGCAACAACAUGAUAGCGACAUUGUAACUAAUUAUGAUUUUACUUUAGAAACUUUUGCUAAUUCUAGAUUCUGAAAAGUUGUGGAGAGAUACAGCACUUACCCCUCAGGGUCAACCUUGGGACCGAGUUGACCUUGCAUUGCCAUUUGACCUGCAAUCAUGGCGGAGCUCGCUGAAAGGCAGCGGGUGGUAGACGCCAUGUUUGUCCAGUAUGAUAAGGAAUGCAAAGGGGAACUGGAUCCAGUGGAACUUCAACUCUUGCACGAGAGCCUUCGGAUGGGAGGGAUCAGUAUACCGCAGGUGAAGGCAUCCAUGAUGUACUGCUGUGCCUUUGAGGAUUCCUGUGAACCCAGUGAACUCUUCAGUGUCCUGCAGGAGAUGGACAGGAGGUAUUUCCUUCUGCAGGACUUCCGUUGGGAAUUCAACCUCCUGGAUAGAGAACAGAAGGGUUUUAUCACAGAAGACCAAGCAAGAUUUAUGUUUGAAGCAGUGCAUGGAAACCUGUUCUCACGUCGUCGAUGGGAGAAGUUCUUACGCAACAGGCCUGUCAGGGGUAGCGGGAUCAGCUUCGCUGAGAUCGAGGUGGACCUGUGUAACAUCCCUAACCGACAAGAAAUUGCCAUGGAAGAAUAUGAAGAACUACGAGAAAAAGAAGAAAGGAACAAGAAACACGAAGGAAAGAAACAGCAGGAGGAGGAGGCCAGAGAGGCGAGGAGGAAGCUUGAGGAUGAGGAAAGGAGGAGGAAAGCAGAGGAGCAAAGAAAGAAGGAUGAAGAUGAGAGAAGAAGAAAGAAGGAGGAAGAGGAUAGGGUGGAGGAUCAAAGGGCACAGGAGCAAAGACAGCGAGAAGAAGAAGAGAGAGGAAGGAGAGAAGCGGCUGAACGGGAAGCGGAGCGAGAGAAGAAGGAGAUGGAGGAGAAAGAGAAGGAGCGGCAGAGGGAGCUGGAGAUCAUCGAGGUCCAGCAAGCUCUGGAGGCCCAGAGGGAGCUGGAGGCCAAGGCUAUAGCACUCCAGGAGGAAGAGAGAGCCGAGAUGGAGAAGAAUAAAAAUGUGGAGGAUGAAGCCAAGGAAGCUGCAGAAAAGGCUAAAACGGCUGAGGAGGAGGCUAAGAAGGCGGCAGCAGCAGUCAAGGAGGCAAAGGAUGCAGCGAGCAAGAAAGCAGCAGAAGAGGCUGAGAAAGCCGCCAAAGAAAAGGCUAAACGUGAACGUCAUAACAAGAUUCGCAAGGAACUCAAAGUGGCCAUUAAGGAGAAGGACAAAGCCAAGCUACAGAAGUCCGUCAAGGAAUUCAAGGAUGCUAAGCUCGCUGACACAGACGGCGACCUUGCGAAGGCGGAAGCUAUCCUCAAACGCUUCAAGGCAAGGGAUGAUUUGGUGAAAGCCAUGGACAAGCGCAGCCUGGAGGACCUGGAAAAGGCCAUCAACUUUGUCAAGAAGAAUGGCUUCGAGGCCCACAUGCCACAGGAGAUGAUCAAGGCCAACAAGAUGCUGCUGUCGCUCAAGCGGCUCAAGCGCCUCCGGGAUGAGAUCCUCAAUCUCAAACAGAGCACGGUGGCGGAGAUCCGUAGCUACUCCAAGCCUCCGGACCAGGUCCACAAGGUCAUGAUCGGCACCUACCUGUUGCUGGGCAACAAGGAGAAAGAGCUGCUGGUAUGGAAGGGGAUGCAGGCCCUCAUUGGGAAGACUGGUAAAGAGGGCUUGAAGCGACGUGUCAUGGAAUGCGACCCCAAUAAGAUUCCUCUUGCCCCCGCUGAGCGUACCAUUGUCCUCCUCUCGAAGUUUGACCUUGAGCAGGUCAGAGAUGUCAGUGCAGGUGCAGCUGUUUUCUUUGCUUGGGCUACAGCCACGGCCGAGGAUGUGAUCGAGAGGGAAAGACAGAAGGCAGAGGGCAUCACCCCAACGGAACUACAAAAGGGACACAAGACCAUCAAGACGGAGAUGAAAUCUGGAAACAUUACUAUCACAAUUUAGUGAGAGAGAAUGGCAUUGAUACGGAACUGCCAACCAGUUGUUUUCAGUAGUCAGUACUGAAAAAAUGAUAGGAAUAAUGAUGGUUUCAUGCAAACUAUGGAUUUCUAAAUUUUUGAUAGUAUAUUUAUGGUAUUUCUUUAAAAAUACUUUGAAUU